AUGGCGGAAUCAGGGGAGGAGCUGUUGGUAGAAAAGUUCAAAGUGUUUGAUGCGGUAGUAGAGGCGAACGGCACGACUCUUUCCUCAGCACCGGCAAUGAUCCUCGUCAACACUCGGAUGAUCCUGACGGUUACCUUCUCCACAAGUGCUUCUUCCGACACAGAAUACUUGGCCGAUUUGGGCACAUUAUUACGUGUACAUUCUGCGCCUGCCGGCCGGCGGCCGGGCUGCACCGCGAAAGCGCGGCCGGCAAGCGCUGCAUCCCGGCCGGGCGACAUGCCCGCGCGCGCCCCUCGGGCUGAUUGGAGUACCGUACGGUCCGUACAUCGAGCGAGGGGCUGCGUCCGCAUCCACUUCCGAGGGUUGCUUUCAGGCCGUGGUCCCGAUCAAAGCGCUCCUCCGAGCAAUCGGGCGCACUCCUCGCCACCUUCCAGGUUAAGGCGACCAGCCGCAGACCCCGUUGACCCCAUUGAUCGCAAUCGCGGCCGCGGGCAGUUCGUGGAUGACACUUUUGCGCCCGCCAGAGACUCUCCAUCUCCCGAGUUCGCUUCAACCCCCGCUGCUCCUUUCUGCGAUGAGAACUCGACCCCAGGUGUUGCUUGAGCGGGACAAAUCCUGUCCUCGCUUUCGAGUUGAUGACGGCCACGGCUGUUGGAGCGGUCGCCGCCUUACCGCCUUCGGCGACUUGAGCGAUUGGGUGAUACUGGGAACACCAGCGCACGUAGUACCCGGUGUCUGAUCGAGGAGCCUGCUCCUUUUGCGAGGAGCGCGUAGCAACUCCCGUUUCACCCCGUCGAUGGCAGCAAGGUCGAGCUCCCCGUCUUCUAUGGUGCGUGUUGAUGGAGUUCAAAAGUGACCGCCACCGGCCAUCAGGGACAAGUCUCCUUGAUGUCUCAGAGUCUCGAGGAACGUCACCCUGCGCCCAAGUUGCUUAGGAUAUGCAUGCGAAAGCAAGGCCAUAGGAGCCGCCAGCCAGUUUAGAAACAUUACUCACCAUGCCGCACACAGCUGUGUUCCUACUUAUAUGUGUUUGCAGUGGCUCCGUACCAGAUAUUGUCACAUAUAAGCUGCCCGUGCCUCUUCUAGCUUGAGGCUGUUCCAGAAGUAGAAACGACGUAGAAUCGGCAUGGAAUAUAUGGAAUAUAUUAUUUUUGUUGAGUUUCAUGUAGGCAUAAAUUCUCAAGAAAGUUAUUAGUAAGCCAAGAUAAUAGUAAGCUCCGACUAACACUAAAAACCCUAACCUUAAAUAAAACACCCGCUCCGGACCCGUACCC